CUUAUAUAUCGAUGGCCACCAUUAAUCUGGGCAGAAUCAUCUCACUCAAAUUAAAUACUAUUCGAUGCGGGGCACGUGCACGGGCAUCUCAGUCAGCGAGUCUCCAUUCGGAGAUGCGAAGUUUCCCCAUCCAGUCAAUCCAGCGGCCGGACAAUCCUCCCUCUGGUAUAUCCUGCCAUCUGCAGAAGUUCUCUGGACGAGUAUCAUCCUCUUGAGCAUUUUGCUCUCUCGUUACUACCUGCAUAGACCUCCACCGACCACUACAAAAGUAAAAUCUCUCCCCGCAGGCCUCUGCCUGCGUCACCCCACCAUGCCGCCUUACUCUAGCGCUCAGAAGCAACAAAUAAUGCAGUUUGUGAACCUCACACAGUCAAAAGAUACAGCAGCUGCAAAGUUCCUGAAAGCAGCUAGAUGGAACCUGGAAGAAGCCAUCGAUGCGUGAGUAACCUUUUUCUUCUGCGCUAUGCUGCGCACUUUUGCUUUGUCGUCAUGGUCUUGAGUCGUUCGACUGCUUUCGGUCCCGCCUAUCCCCGUCCUGAGGACCGGAUGGCCUUUAUGUUUUGCUUGCUUGAUUCGAUACGUUAGGCCUGGUGACGUCUCAUUUGUCUAAGUGUCAUCCUGUCUGUGGGCCCAUUCCGAGGGGCUUACAGGAUUGAUUCAACGA